AUGGAGAACGAUAACCGCUCGCAAGCACAGAAAGAGCCAGACAACGCUGCUGCUGCUGCUGCCGCUGGGACAAGUACACAUAGGGCAAGGAAACGGAAACAACGGCGCGGAGGUCAGGAAAGUUCAGAGCGGGGACAGUCGACGGGGCCCAGCCGCCAAAGACAACGCGGAAGCUUCACGAGUGUAGUGGGGUUUCUCGCUGUUGUCUGGUUACUCCGGGAGGCCAGACGGUGGGACCGUAACCGCCGCGAGCGUCGGCGCAGCGAAGCCGUUUCUGACGACCAGGCCUCGGCUAACGUUAGCUCAGCGAGCCAGGACGUUUCUGCUGCGUAUCCGAGUGAUUCGAGCGAGCUGCUGGCGACCUCAUCUGAGUCGCUUUCGGGCUCUGCAGGUCAGCCUCGUCCUUCCUGGAGGGAAACAAUAGCACUUCAAAGUGAUGCUCUUGUUGGUGAGAGACGACCUUCGGUGCCAGAGUCGGAUGCUUCCACCGCAGGAAAGGAGCUCGUUCCUGAGACAUUUCCAGAGCGUUCUACGGGCCUUCAGGUUGACGCAUCAGGUUCAGCGCUUCGGCAUAGCGCAGCUGUUGAGAACGAGUCACAGGAUACUGGAUUUGGAUCCCAAGGAAAAGAGGAAACUUGGGAGUCGACGUCAAAAAGUCGACUUGUUUCAGUUAUAGAGUCAGAGCAGCAGUCUAUUUCUCUCCUGAGGCAGGGCGAUGGCGAUGCCAGCGUAACGCUGACGGAGGUAGAGCAGCGCUCCAUGGCCCUGGAAUGGACCAAACAUGGCACAAGCGACAGUCUUGAUGAAAGUACCAGGGCAUCGAAUCUUCUGUCAGCUUCUUUGUUUAGUAGCUCCGCUUGGCAAGAACCCCCUGCAGCGAACGUCUCGGCUGGAAGGGAUGCUGCGUUAGAGGCUAGUCGCGAGCGCGUCAUUGUAACGAACGAGUUCAAUGAACCGCUUCGGGUCGUGACCAGGGCUGAAAUGCGGCGAGAGAAUCUAUGGCAUCGUGCCACCUACGUCCUGGUGUUGAAUCCGGAGAGAGAUAGAAUCUACAUUCAGAAGCGCACACCAACCAAAGACAUUCAUCCCGGCAUGUAUGAUGCAGCAGCAGGCGGUGUUGUUCAGGCAGGUGAGAGCUACGAAGAGUCAGCCCGACGAGAGCUCGCCGAGGAGCUCGGCCUUGAUUUGGCGCUCGAGCCGGUCGGACCAAUCCGAUAUGAGUCGGACCUGACGCGAGUGUUUGGCCAGGUCUACGUGGCCAUUUUUGAUCCUUUCGAAGAGCCGCGACAGCGAAUCAGGCCGCAAGCUGAAGAGGUCGAGUUCGUUGAACUCGUCAGUAUUGACGAUGUCAUGUCUCAAAGUGGCGGGCGAAUCUUCACCGAAGAUACGCUGAUCGCAUUACGCACAUUCAUCGAAAAGCAAGAAGCCAACAACAGCUCAAAGAUGAUAGCAGCGGCAUCUGAAACCUCAGAAAGCAGGUUGCCUGCGAAUGCGGAAUCCACCGUGCGACAGGAAGUCAACGACGGCGAAUCCGUGCAUUCUAGUGAAAAUCGCACCUGGUCGAGCUCCCCAGAUCCAUCCGGCAACGUCACAAGCGCCUCAACAACGGAGAGCCCGCAUGCCUCGGUGGGCGACACCGCCAAUCCGUUACGUCUGCCCGAUAUCAGCGUCAAUCGUUCCACGUCACCUCCGAUAGAGAGCUUUAUCAACGAUUUGGACUCGACGACGUUUGAGGAAUCAGCACUCCGUCAAAGAAUGGCAUCGCAUCAGUAA